UGUUAGAUAAAACUUGUUAAAAGUUUGUGUGUGGUGUUUGUUUUAGUUAAUAAAUUAGCCCAAAAGUCAUUAGAAGUAGUGUGCAUUAGUAUUACGCAAAGAUGCCCGCAGUGCGCAAAUAUAGACGAGAAACAAGUGAAAUCAGCUGCUGUCUCAAAUACUUGCUGUUUACCAGCAAUGUUAUUAUAUUUAUGGUUGGCCUGCUCGUCUUGGCCGUGGGAAUUUGGGCCUGGACUGAAAAGGAUAUGUUUCGCAAUAUUGGCAAGCUAACGUUUAUAGCGUUGGAUCCAGCUUUUGUGCUAAUACUGCUGGGAGCUAUUACCUUUUUCCUGGGCUUUAUGGGCAGUGUGGGUGCACUGCGCGAAAAUACGUGCCUAUUGGGAGCUUUUGCUAUAGCCUUGAGCGUGCUGCUGCUGACAGAGAUAGGCUUGGUUGGACUUGCUUUUGUGCUCAAGGACAAAGGCUGGAUCAAGGACCAGGCUACUGAGGGUCUUCGAGCUUUUAUUAAGCACUAUCGCGAGGAUCCAGAUCAACAGAAUCUCAUUGAUUGGAUACAGGAAGAUUGGCUGCAGUGCUGCGGUAUUGACGGUCCCAAGGACUGGGACAGCAAUAACUAUUUUAAUUGCAGUUCCGUUGCAAUUGGCAGCCGCGAAGCCUGCGGCGUGCCCUUCUCCUGUUGUCGUCGACGUCCACAGGAAGUGAUUAAAAAUAAACAAUGCGGCUACGAUGUGCGCAAGGAGGGCUAUCCUGUGGAUAGAAAUAUACAUGAGCGCGGUUGUUUACGCGCUGGUGAGGAUUGGCUGGAGACACAUCUAAUAGCUGUGGCUGCCUCUAUUGUAGCUAUGUUAAUUAUGCAGGCUAUGGAACUGUCCAAGAUCAUUUAUGAAAAAGGCUGUGUCCAGGCGGGCGAGGAAUGGAUUGAGCAUAAUUUGAUUUUAAUUUCAACUGGUGUUAUUGGUGUUAUGUUUUUCCAGAUUCUGGGCAUUUGCUUUACGCAGAAUUUACGCACUGACAUCUAUCAACAAAAAUCCAAGUGGCACUGACAAAUGGCCCUUGCUGCCCCCACAGCACUUUAGACAAAACAUUCCCAGCACAUUGACUAUAUGAACUAUCACUAUUGCUAUACUAAUACUCUUCGGUUAGUUAACUAUGCUAUGAAAAUACCUUAAACUCUGUGCUUAAGGGUAAGUACUAUAUGUAUUACGUGUGUGUCUACUAAAUGUUAAAACUUAUGCCGUCUCUAUGGACAUUGACUAACUAACUAAGUUGCCAAAUUUUUUGCUACUUUUUCUUACGAACAAAAAAAAAAAAA